UUUCAACAAACCAACCACAACAGGAAAGGUAAUCAUUUUCCACAGAAACAAACAGCAGCGAAAGCGAGAGAGAGAGACACAGAGAGAGAGAGAGAGAGAGAGAGAGAAAUGUACCUGAAGAAGGCGCUGUGGGCGGAGGGACUAUCAGCUCCGAGACCAUCGCCGGAAUCAGAAUCACAACCACAACAGCAUCAGCAGCAGCAACCGCCGCCGGAGACGGCGGUGCAAGAGCUAGUCAACUCGCUGAACCGGAAGCGGCUUUACCGCGAAGUCACUCUCGCUCUCAAAACCGGCCUCCGCGACGCCCGCGCCGAGUUCUCCUUCCUCCGCCUCCGCGGCCUCCGCAACCUCCUCAAGUUCCUCCGAUCCGUCGCCGAGUCCGACUCCACCGUCCACCUCUUCUGCCAGACUCAGUCCCUCCCUGACCUCCAAGUGGUUAGAGCUGUGUUUGAGCACUCGUUGAAAGAAAGGGAACAAGAGGAAGUGGAGAGUAUAGAUCACAUAUGUGAAGGUGUAGAGGCUUUGAAGAUUACGAGUCCCUCUACUGAUGCUGAGGUGGCACUCGCGCUUCGAGUUUUGGAAGGUUGUUGUUUGCUUCAUAGAGAGAGCACUGCUUUGGCCCAUCAACACAACGCUAUUCAGGUUUUAAUGAACAUAUUAUCAACUCGUGGAGUACUUGAGCAAGGUGCAUGCUUAGAUGCUUUAGUCUCGAUAAUGUUGGACUCAUCAGCCAAUCAAAUGGAAUUUGAGGCAUGUAAUGGUAUCGAGGAAGUUGCAGAGCUCAUAAGAGACAAACAAGUGGAUGAAAAUCUCAGGUUGAAAUGUGGUGAGUUCUUAUUGCUACUCAUAGGGCAUGUAAAUGGGAGGGAAAGGCCUCCGUUGGCAGCCAUACAUGAAGAUAUAAGGCGACUUCUAGGAGAGAAAUCUGCUUCCUUGAUAUGGGCAGCCAGUCAAUUUGGUUCAACACUUGAUCCCAAGGAAAGACUGACUGCUUUACAUAUCCAAGCUCGCAGGGUGCUUGAGUCACUGGACCUGUACUGAAUCUUAGCUUAUGAAUGAUGCUUUAGAUAAUGCUGUUACUCUCAGUGGCAUUUCCAACAAAUAGAAAAUGCACCAUUAUAAGCCAGUUCUCUUCUCUAGGAAGAAUAUUUUAGAAAGUUAUGUUUAGAUAUUUAUAUUUUGUAUGAUACAACAUAGAGCACCAAAUCUUCUUUUUUUUGUUGCACUUAAACAGAAAUUGUAAACCCUCCUUUCAUGUGAAUAAUCAAAUUAUUUAAAGUAGAGUAUAUUUCCUCUGCUCGCU